UUGAAUCCGGCCGACAAGACAACGUAGCCUUGCAYAGCAUUUGUGUUAUGGGCUGUAAACUGAGGAAGCUGGUAUGACCUUUUUAAGUUAACUUAUUUCAGUAUGGAAGAGCACGAGGAUAUUAUUAUUCAAGUACGAAAUCCAAGGACACAUGUAAAGAAAAUUUGGAUGUCCUUCACUGAUUAUGAAAUAAGAGUUUUGACAAGAAACAGGGCAUUUAUGAAUCAAAAUUCUAGUGUACGGCGGAGAUACUCUGAAGUUGCAUGGCUGAAACGAACUUUGGGAAAAUGUAAUUCAUUAACAAGUGAUUUACCUCCAUUUCCAAAUAAAAAAGUGUUUGGUAAUCGCUUUAGUCAAGGUUUUAUAGAGGACAGGAGAGCUUCUUUAGAACAAUUUUUAACAAGAUUGGUGAAUACAACAACUUGCCUGUCUGAAGCUGCUCUUCAUCUUUUUCUUCAAACUAAUUUGACAACAAAAGAAAUUGAGAGAAUUAUUGAAGGAAAAGAUUCCCGUGAUGURACGCACUUUGUUUUCCAAGAGUCUGAGAUGUUCAAAAAAGAUAUUUUAAGAAGAAGAUCUACAGCUAAUACAAACACUGAUAGUGGAUUUUCAGGAAGUACCAACUAUGAUAUGAAUUUAACAGACAAUGUCUCUGAUUGCCAAAUGGCUGGAAAUGGAUGGAGUUCAGGAUGCACCAACUUUGCAAGGAACAAGAAAUCAUACAAAGGCCCCUGUUAUUCUUGUAGGCGGAAAAGUCUAUCCCAGGCGGCUUCAGUUUUACCAUCUGGACAGUUGCUAAUGGCAACUGGCAACCAAAAGCAAGAAAAUGAAACAGCAUCUGGCAGCUCCAGUGAAAGAUGUCCUGAAGAAAGCUGCACAAAGUGCAACCAAUAUGAUGCAGAUGAUGAAACUGAUAACCAUGCAUUGGACUAUGACAUUAUCAACAUCAAAACACUAAGAUUAAGAAACUGGCUUUCUACAGUAAAGGCUUUUUCUGACACUGAGCUUAUCACUAGUGAUGAUGAAUGUGAACAAGACUUCAAUGCAAUUCCUGAAUAUGAUGUUAUUAGCGUACCUUGUCUUAACUCUAGCAUACCUUCUCUGUCAUUACAAAGUACACUGGUAAGGGACCAAUCAAAAGUGAUAAAGACCUCAGUGACUCCUGAAAAUAACAAGAGUGAUGACUCAGAGUAUAGUGUUGUACAUUCAACAAUAGGAGGACUUGAACUUGGUACAUCUAAACAACUUUAUGAUUCAUCAUCAAGUCUUAGUUCAGCUGGAGUGUACAGAACUUAUGAUGUAGUGGAAAUGGUYGAGGUUCUAUAGGACCUAAUAAUAAGUCUUGUAACAGAGAAAUAAAGUAUUCACCAUUCAAAA